UCGCUGUCCGUCCCGCGCUCCUCCUCCUCCUACUCCUCCUCCUCCUCUUCCACCACCACCACCUCAUCUUCCUCCACCUCCUAUGGCCACCGAUGCCCAGGCUUCGAACGGUCGGCUCCAUGCGUUCGCAGCCGUGGCCCAGCCGGUGCUGAAUUUCGGCAUGUCCUCAGCCCAUGUGACUCCCUUCGGACAUGCCUCCAACGGGUCAGCGGAACGAGUGAGAGCCAAGCUCGAAGCCAAGCUCCGUCCACUUCCUCCGCAGACUCCGCCCACUCCACCCGGCGGGACACGCCCCAUAGCAACAGUUGCCAUGGAGACGGCGCAACCCGUCACGGCCAUCGCUGAGAUCGCUUGCCGAUCGUCCAAUCUGAAGUCGACGCUGCUGUCCACCGAUUUCUGCAACCUGACGAAAACAGGCGGCGGCGUGGGAAACAGCCGGGUUGUGCCAGCGUCGCCACCUCCGCGAGAGGACCCGGUCCCCACGGCGGAGCGGGACACGCUGAUGGAGUGGAGCCCUGGACACGCGCGCACCACGGAGGAAACCCGCGGCAGCCCCACCGCGGAGGCGAAACGCGGUUCCCCUCGCGGAGGCCUGGACGCGGAGCGAGCCCCACGGUGGAGCUCUGCCGCGGAGCCACGGUCGUGCGGGGACGUGGAGCUCAAGAUGCAGCACCUGCUGGUCGGCCGCUGGUCACCGGAUGGCAGAGGCCCCGUGGUGGAGGUUCCGUCGGCAGAGAACGGCUCCGACCAGCCCACGCCGUUCGACGCCGGCGGCGCCAGCGGCGGCGGAAGCAACGGAGGAGGCGGUGAUCCGCGCAAGCGAGUGUUCCACGCCGAUUCUUCUUCGGAGGAGGAGGAGGGCGCCUACUCAGCCUCCGAGGCCAAGAGAAGGAGUCCUCCUCUUCCUACUCUUCCUCUGUCGCCGCGCCUCCGCUCCGUCAGGAACCCCAGGGCGGAAGAGAAAGACGGUUGCGGGCUGCCGAGCCCUGUCGCGGAGGAGAGGUGGCGCACCGUUGUGGGAGGAGGCCUCCUCGCGGAGGAGCUGGGAGGCAGAGGUCCCGUUGCAGAGGAGCGGUGGCCGCGUGGCAGGGUUCUAGUUGUAGAGGAGCACGCGGACGGAGGCCCCGUCGCGGAGGAGCGGUGGCCACACGCCAGAGAGCUCCUCGCGGAGGAGCCCGGGGACGGAGGUCCCGUCGCGGAGGAACGGUGGCCGCGUGGCAGAGGUCCCGUAGUGGAGGAGCCGGCGGACGGAGGCGCCGUCGCGGACGAGCGAGCCGAGGAUGGGAACUCCGCCGCCGCCGCCGCUGCCGCGGCCGCUGUCGCUGCUGCUGGCGCUGUGUCAGGAACUCCGGAACGUCGCAAAACCUGCCUCGCCGACGUGGUCGACUCGUUAAAGCAGCGCAAGCUGGAGGCUCUGUCCAGGUCGGAGCAAGACGGUUGCCCAGCGUCUGAGCAGAGGGCCGUGCCGGUGAAGGUGAAGUCGUUUGUUCCUUUGGCGCCAGCUGGAGAUGUCCAGGAGCAGCUGCAGGGCUCGCGCGACAGCCUGGCGGAGAAGGAGCGCGUGCUGGCGGCCAUGAUGGGCCAGCUGUCGGCGCUGCGGGAGCAGAUCCUGACGGCGCACGACGAACAGCGACGCGUCGCCGCCUCGCAGGUGGAGCGCCAGCGGCAGGCGUCGCACCUCGCCCGCCAGCAGCAGGAGCAGAUCGCCCGUCAACAGCAGCAGCUCUUGCAGCAGCAACAGAAGAUCAACGUCCUUCAGCAGCAGAUUCAGGGUCAGCUGUCUCCGAUGAUGAUUCCCAUUUUCCCGCCGGAUCAAAGGGCGAUGGCGGCCCAGCACGGCUUCGUUCUGCCCACCGCGUUGGCCUGCAAGCCCGUUGAACAGUACUCCCUGCCUCUGCUACCGUCAACGCUGGGGCAUGCUGCUACCCCUGCCCUCUCUCCGCUACACCUGCAGAUUUACGCCGCUCACCUGGCCGCGAUGCAGUCGCCCGCGCAGUGCCACUCUGUGUCGCUGCCGCCGGCGCCGGCUGGGGGAGACCGGGACAGAGACAAGAGCCCAACGAGCGCCUGCAAGGAGGCCCCGCAGCCGUUGAACCUGUCAUCGCGCGCUCACUCGGCGGCCUCCUCGAUGCUGGAGGGGUUGGGCGGGGGGCUGGGGGGGGGGCCGCCCCCCUCCUCCUCCAUGCUGCCGCUGCUGCACGCCGUGCUGGGGAAAGCGAGCGGCGCCAGCAACAAUAUGGCCGCCUUCGGAAUGCUGCAUCAAGGCCUCACGGCCCAGACUCAGCAGCGGGCCCCAGAGGUAAAGCAGGAGCGUGCAGCGAGGCAUGAUGGGAAAGUUGCUGCUGCACUCAUCAACAGCGGCCGGUGUGUCACGGAGAAGCUUGCUCUGGAGAGCCUCAUGCAAAGGAUGAUGGGAGAGGCAAGGGAUGAUGGGAAGUCAGGCCUCGGUGGAGUGGAGCGGGCAUCCAGCGAGGAGAUGGAUGGCGGCGGCGUGUUUGGAGACGCCAAGGUGUUCCGUGACGGCAGAGGCCGGCACGCGGGAGAGCCGCACAUCAAGCGCCCGAUGAACGCGUUCAUGGUCUGGGCCAAGGACGAGCGGCGCAAGAUCCUGCAGGCCUUCCCCGACAUGCACAACUCGAGCAUCAGCAAGAUCCUGGGCUCCCGCUGGAAGGCCAUGUCGAGCCAGGAGAAGCAGCCGUACUACGAGGAGCAAGCGCGACUCAGCAAGCUUCACCUGGAGCGCUACCCGGGCUACAAGUACCGGCCGCGGCCCAAGCGCACGUGCAUUGUGGAUGGUCGCCGGCUCCGCGUGGGCGAGUACAAGGCGCUGAUGCGCUCGCGCCGCGAGGGCGGCCCCGCACAGCUCUACCCGCCCAGUCCCACGUCCCAGGUGCCCCUCACACAGCCUGGCUCGGUGUAUCCUUCCGCCAUCGCCAUGGUGACCAGCGGUGGUGGCCCGGCCUCUUCGGCGGCAGCGGGCCCCGCCGCCCACUCUCCGUCGCGCGUCCAAUCGGAGUGCUCGAGCGGCUCGGCGAGCCCGGACUGUGGCCCGCGGCCCUUCCACGUGCACGCACUGGCGGCGGGCCGCCUGGGCUUGGGCCUGGGCGGCGGGGGCGCCGCCGCGGUGCGCGUGGAGACCCUGGGGGGCCGCCGGGACUUCGAGCGGAUGGACUACCGCGGCGGCGGCGGCGGUGGGGUGGUGGCAGUGGGGGGCACGGUGCGCGAGGACGAGUAUUACGGCGCGGAGGCGCGGCUUUACGAGGACUACGACGAGGCGCAGGGCGCCGCCUCGGACUACGAGAGCGAAGGGGAGACCGUGCACUCCGACAACGGCGGAUUCGGCCUCGCGGGAAACUGACUCCUACUGGGACAACUGUUGGGGGAUUGGGGGGGAAGAGUUUUUAUAGCUCGUCGGAUUCCUCCAGUAUAAAUAAAUGUUUUGAUUCUUGACUCCUGAGAGCGAAGGUGGCGUAGCGGGUAGGCGAAGCGGGGUUGGGGGGGGUGUUGAGAUAAAAAAUUUUAUCAAAAAAUUAAAAGACGCACGGCAAAAGAAAGACUGAUAAGACGACAACGAAGCGCUUGCACGGUCCAAGUUUACUUCGGGUAACGGCAGCGCGAACCCUAAGUCGGUAAUCAAAAUUAGUAAUUUAAUGUUGGGCCUAUAACGACGAGCGAGAGUCUCGCCGUUGUUGGCGCUGGGACGAACUGUUUUGACUUUCGUGGAAACGCAAAAAAGGGGGGGGGGGGUUGGUUUCGCUGCGUUUAAGUUUCACAACGAGCUCAACGCUUAGCAGUAAAAGCAAAUGGACGCGUGCGUUCCGGUGAUUUCGCUUGUAAUCUUGAGACGACCUCAGUACGAGAUGCGUUUUUUUCGUUUGUUUUGACGUUUCUUGUAAAAGGGAUUGUUGUUAUCAGCAACGGCACACACGAAGAAAAGUGUUGCGAAAAAGUGUUAACUUGUUUUCCCUCUUCUUUCGUUGUAAUUGCUGCCUUUCGAGCAGCCCUUGAAUGCUUGCUAUAGACAAGUAGGCCUAGUGAGCUAGUCCCACGCAACAAGUGUUGAUUUUUUUUGACUACAGGCCUCAUCUCGGGGCCUUGUUGUUUUGGAAUCGACUGAAUUUUGAUUCUGUAGUCCGCAACUGUUAAUGUUUAUAGAUCAUCUUAGACCACAGUCAGAUUCUGAACUGUUUUACUGCCUUUCGAGUCUCGUUCGUUUUACUAUAACUUUUUUGUGUCAUCUUAUGUUUUUUAGUUGACAUAUUAGACCGAUUUUAUGAGCGACAAAAAAGUAGUCCCGCGAAUAUUGCUAUGGUGUCUCGAUUGUGCCAAAAACUAUUUUUUGCACGUGACACUGAGUAGCACUUUACUUUCUUGUGCUGUAACAAGUAUUUAUAGAUGAACAACAUUGGUGUGUGUAAGUGGGAAGUUGAAUAAUACUAAUAAUGCUGAAUAAUUUCAAAGAAAACUACAAAUGAAGGCGUGUAAACUUAUGGCCUAGGUAGGCUUGGCGUAAACUCAGUACUUAGAUCCUAAGUAGGCGGUUUACAAUGCAGUAUGGUAAUGCAUUUUUGAACAGUGGUCUGUACAAGACAUUGCUGGUAUGGAAAGAAUUCAGGAACGUAGUAAUACACUACCGAUCGCAAAUAUAGGAACCGCUUAACUUGAGUCACCAAAUACUUAACAAUGUCUUAAACACUUCCUAGUUUUUUGGCUUUUACCCACUUCAACCAAAAUAAAUAUUUCCAGGAAAACUAAAUUCAUAUUUACCCUCAAAUGAAGAAAAAAAAUAUUACAUUUAUUCCGUAACAUCUCGCCAGGUUUUAUGGGUUUGGGUUUCAAAAAUAUAUGGCCCAAUGAAAUCUAGCUUACUGAAGCCUGGAAGAGUAGGCCAUACACUCUCUAGAGCAGCGUUCUUCAUAGCAAGGCCCCGCGGGCCACUGGCGGCCCCUGCUGCCCUUUAGUGUGGCCGCCGACGUGCGGUCCCCGACAAUACACACAUUUGAAAAAAUCCUUGCAGGCGGGGUGGCAGCCCUCACACUGAUCUGAUGUCUUAUCAGCCAAAAGGCCCCCCCCUCUGUCAAGUAGUGAAGAACACUGAUCUAGAGGCAGUGUCUUGAGCAAGACAUUGCAGAGCUGCACCUUUAACCCCCCACUGACGUUCAUAACCUACAACGUCAUCUGGUGCCCGUUGGCCAUGAUGCUGGCUAUGAAGUGAGCUCAGUACUCCGCGUGGCUCUUAAGAGCGAUUUUAGAGUGGGCUCACUGGAUUUUGGCGCUUGCGUUCAUGGAACGUCACUGGCCCUGAGUUUGGAGACGCGUGCUAACGCCGCAAGGGAGAACCCGCGCUUACAGCUUUGGGGGUCACACGCUCGGCAAUGUUUUUGGCCUUUGUUGGAGGCAAGCGCUGCUUUGGCGAGGGCCAACGAAGGCUACCACGGUGCAGCCACGAACGGGUGGUGUGGCGAGGGAGCACGCCCCGGCCGCCUCUGUCUCUCCCAAAGGUGGCCACACACGGUUGACAGUUGUUAAGCAUCUGAUGUAGCACUUAGUUCCAAAGGGACGUUACUAUUGCAAUAGGGACAAAGUCCGAUUCCUUUAAAUCUCCGUGUGUUUAAUUUCAUCCAGAUUCUCCAAACCCCAUUAAAAACCUGGCUUUAAAAAAAGAUGUUACACAAUUACAUAAUUCGCCAAUCAUAUUCCUGGGAAUUUUUUUUUUGCUUGUGUGAAUGAAAACGAAAAAAAAUCUGGAACUCUUAAAAAAAACCUUAAUGUCUUAAACCUUUUUGUUUUUUACAUUUUUCAAACGAUACAAGUUGGCCUUAUGCUAGUGCCUCUACACUACCUUUUGUAUCUACGUCCCUCUGCGUCUUAAUGAACCUUGUACACGUCUUACGAAUUUCCGUACCGCAUCACUCCAUCUCUGAUUACUAAGCAAAAAAAAAAACCCACUUUUCAUCUUUUGUCAAUCCACUACUGGAUGAAGACCUCCACUCUCCUUGUCAGUCAUGGGGGUUGGUGAGGGUGAGGCGAGAGUGGAGGGGGAGAGAGCAUGCGAGGUCCGGAGACUGGUUCCGAUAUCACCGGCAACUGAUGCUAGCCAUGGCCGGGAAUCGAACUCUGAACGCCUGGUUUGUAGCACAGUGUGCGUGAACCACGGCAACGUCUCACACUCUCCGUCACGUCUCUCGCCCCUCUUCCUACUUAAGUCUUAAAUAUAUCCACAUCAUCUCUAUUUUUAUAUAUUUCUCUUACAUCUACUCGUCUCCCCCCUAUGCCUUGCUGUGCCUUUUCUAAAUGUCCAUCUCUCAAAGUCUUAAUUUCUAUCUCCCUGGCAUCAAUCAAUACCAUCUCACACCGUUAUUAAAACAGCAAUUAAUAUAAAACCCAAGGUUUUGUUUUUAUUUCUUAAGUCUUAAUGUUCUGUACAGUGCAGUAUUUUUAACAGCGUCAGAAUAAUUUAUGCAUUUCUAGAAAACACCUGAAUUGUCUCAGGCCGUUAAGAAAAUAAUUUUGAAAACGUAUUUCAAGUUUUUGUGUUGUUGUUUAACCCUUUCAUGAUUCCUUCUCGCAGCCCAUGGUGCGUAGUCUUAACGACCCGAAUAUCUGAAUACUGUAGAGUCUUAAAUCGACGUUCGGCUGCAGACGUUUGUAAAUUGCGAAUUACAAUCACGUGGCCUGCCCCGAGCCCAGUUAAAUCAUAGCGAGCCCUCUUCGAGAAUAAACAUUUCAGAUAAAAUUGAGAGUACGGCCAACCUGGCUUGUGAUGGGCCUCAGAGCUGGGAUAUCCGAUGAUCAAGCGAUCGAUCACUCGAAUGAACUAUCGGUUCGACUGCUCACGAAUGUAGUUUGGAGAAAAGAACAAUUAAAAAAAAGUCUCCCCUCUGUUCCUCGGCGUGUGACGCUGGACGGGAGGUGACGGGCAGAGCUUGUCGAUUCCGUCGGCGCGUAAAUGGAGCCCGGGUAAAUGUACUUCGGAAUAAAGUAGCCGACGAUAAUUCUAAGUGGAUACAUCGACUUGAUCUCGAAUAGUCGUCCCAGCUCUUGGCAAUGCACACCCCUGCGACCAUUUAAAUAUUGUAACAAUGCAGUGCCCAGGGUUUGGCUCGGGGAGUUACGGACUUCGCCCGGCGUCGCUGAGAUCCCAGGGUUUGAAACCAAGUUUCAAACUCCCACAAUUUAACCGCCGCUGUCCUCGAGUGUAGGGAGAGUUGACGGCCUCAGCUCGGUCACCCAAAUGACGGCGCCAAAAAAAAAAAAAACCCCAUAGCGUACAAUUUUGGUGUUCGAUUCAUUUGGAAAUAUUACAAAAAAAAUGUUUGCUUUGAUCAGCAUGUGCGAACACUUUUUCAGGGCAUGUGAAAGGUUUGCCUCUAGUGUGAAUAAAGAGGCAUAUUUGAAGUACCGUAGUCGUCUUCAGAAGCAUUUCUUUGACAUCUUCCGGGGAUACGUUCUGACACUGGGUGGUAACACUGCUCGCUUCAAGAAGUUGGAAAUGGAAAUUGCUUCAUCUCUUUGACAUCAUGGCAAAAGCACAAUUGUAAUUGAGUUAAAAUCAAACAUCCUGGAUGGCUGUGUUGAAGAAUGUUUAGCACUGCCUGAGAUCCCGUGUUCGAAUGCGGUGUUCAUCCAGCUGUGACGAGACCGGGUUCUCAAUGUUAGCGAGUUGAUGGCCUCAGCCUGAGUCACCAAUGACUGUGCAAACAAAAGGCCAUCAAAUUAUAUUUGAUUUUAAACUUGCGUGUAUGUUGAACUUCUUUCGCACCACCGUACGUAGCCAACAGUGCAAAAUCGAAUGGUGCGUGGGAAGGACAAAUUAAACACGAAAAGCAGUUUUAAAUAAAUUAGUUUUCAGUCUAGAUUUUAAAGACCUGAGCAUCAGUGGCUCCCUAAUAUCGAAAGAAAGAGCGUUCCCAGACGGCCGCAGAAGUGCAUCCGAAAGCGCGCGGUGUAGUGACCGUCUUUGUUCGAUGGCUAGUAAAAAAUGUUCCAUGGCGAGCCCAAACACUUGAGUUUGCCUAGGUUUUCUCAAGAAGCCUUAAUGAAGUGGCUGCCAUCUUUGUUGAAAACGUGGUAUCGUCAUCAUCGUCAUCAUCAUCAUCAUCUGUCAUCAUUCACGUUGGUGAGGGGGUCGUCCAAAUUGACAUCGGUGCCAUGUAACCUGCAAAUGAAAUAAAGACCCAAACAAAUACA